AUGAUCGGAUCCCAACCUCAAAUUGAGCUCUCCCACGCCUUUGAAAGACUUCUCGAAGAACGUCGUGACGCGGAACGUCUCCGUCGAGAUUUAAUUCACUAUUGGCACAACUUAAUUCUCGAAGCUAAGAAACGCACCAAGGAACUCGAACGAGCAUUUUAUCAGGCGGAAAAUUGUGGUGAUACACCUUUUUCUAGUGAGAAAACAAUUGUACCUGGGACUCCUGAUACUUUUACGGAGUUGACUGGAUUAAGUCGAUUAUCUUCAUCAUUAAAUUCUGUCACUAGUAAAGGUGCAAAAACCCGUUUAAGGUUGGACAAUUUGAGUACAGAGAGGAUUCAGAAGAAGUUGGAGGGUUUACUUAAGAGGUAUCAGGGGAUUAUUAAUUUUUCAAAAGGAAAUAGUGGAAAGGAAUAG